UACGUCAAUCUCAUAAGGAAGAUACCACAAAGAGAACACGUUAUCAUUCUCGUGCAGUCGUUCUUUCAAAAUGUGGCAUGGCAGUAUGAUGUUAUCGACAAUUCUAAAUUCUGCGACGAGCUAUCAAACUGGAAUCACAUCUCCUCCACAACGUUGAAUCAAGGCCCCGAGAACUUGUCUGUCAGCACCCGGGCAUUCCCUGCUUUACUUCUUCAGGUUCUCGCACUCGCAUUACAAUUCCAUCCUGAUCAAAACGAUGAAGCACUAGAGGGCCUCAAGUACGCACCCGAUAUCGACUUCGCCGAUCUUGCCGCCGAUUAUAGCAAUGUGGGCCAUCAAGUCGCGUCUAUGCUUGGGAGCAAAGACAUCUCGUUGACCAAAGUUCAAGCUGGACUGAUGGAGGCAUUCUUCGAGGAAAUUAUAGGCUCAUUCAUUGAAUCAUGGCACACAUUUGGAAGAGCGAUCCCAGACGCCCAAGAACUUGGCCUGCACAGAAGUAGGGUUUGGGAGACAAGUCCUUGCGCCGAAAACGUAAUGCAGACGCCAGCAUUCCCACUGGAGAGGAAGUUGUGGCUUGUGUUGCAUCUCUGGGACGCGCACAUGGCUGUUGUCCUCGCGAGGCCCAUUACGACCAAGUUGGAUUCGAGUUCCGUGCCCUCGACGAGCCUGAUAGCUACUUCGCCCCCACACGGCUUUGACGACGCGACGUUAUCCCCAUUCGACAUCAUAGUAUGCGGCUAUCAUGCUGCUUACAAGUAUCUGCAGGAUAUUCACGACCUUGAGGUUGAGAACAGAGAUGCGCAAGAGACUGUUCAGAAGAUACACAACGCCGUGAUAAACAACAUUUCCAAACUUCCGGCGCGUGCAACCUCCUCAAGCCCCGCGCUCGACGGCAAAUACCCUUGGCUUCCUGCUGCUCGCGAGACACUCAUCACUGAGGUCUAUUUUUUCCUCCUGGCAUUGCACCGCCCUUUUAUAUCGACCCUGCCCGCAAGUCGAGCAGAGGCCCACAUGGCCGCGCUGAAGAUGCUUGCGUCGCAAAGCAGGCUGUUUGAACAAGCGGGAACCCAACUCUACAAGGGAUUCGCUCUCGUCUUUUCUACAUUGAAUGCCAUGGUCCUGGUGACAGCAACAUACAUUCAAGCCCAAGAUGAUAAUCUAAAUCUCCAGGCAGAAUCGGUGAAACGCUUGGAGUGGGGGUUGGCAAGGCUGGAUGCCAUGAGGUCUCGGAACUCCAUGGCAGGCUUCGCUUAUGACGUCGUAAAGGUGCUUUUCCAGAAAAUGCUGAGCAGAUUCUCCUCCCCAGACCCUUCUACCCUGAGAAUCAAUAAGCCGGAAACCUCUUUCAGAGCUGUGGAGACGCUGUCCUGGGACCAUAUUUCACAAGCCGGCCCGGAUCUCUAG